CAAUAACUUAGCUAAGCGUUAUCCCUUCGCGCAGGCGCCGAGAGGCCUCAUCAGGCAUCUUGUCUCUCUCGUGUGUUCUACACACAACCACUCUUGACGUGUCCAACUAUGCCGGAACACAGCGAUUUGGUCCAGGGCAUCAAGAGAACCGCAUCAGACGUGGAGGCGGCCGAGUCAACAGCGCCUUCAAACUCCAAAAGACCCAGGGUCGAUCAGUCACCAGAAACGAGUACAGCCAGACGGGACCCAAAGAAACGGAAGAAGAGGAGAAAAAAGGAGCCCGUGGUUGUCAAGCUGGAUCAUCAUAGGCGGGACAGUUCGACUCAGCCUCAACGGCCGCCUCCAUCUUCUCGCAAUGAAAUCAUUCGAUUUACGUCUACGGACCUGUCAGGAAGCAAGACCAGGGUCGAAGCCCCAUCAGACUCUGCGACCGUUAUUUCAAAUCCUCUUAGUCACGAGGGCGAUACCGAAAAGAAUUCUCAAGGGAAUCUACAGCCAGAUACCUUGAAAGGAACCGACUCAUGUGAAACCGCUAAUCAUAGUGAUACGAAACAGUCCGCAGAUGUCAACUCCCAACACCCUUCAGCUGUUGUUCCAGAAGACAGGAUUUCGCAACUGACAAAGGAAUUGGCAGAGAGGGGCGAGCGUUUGGCUGCUCAUCAAAGUGUCCUCAGCAACAUUUCCCAAGCUUUGACAUGUCAGAUUUGCCUCGACAUGAUGUACAAGCCUUACGCACUCGCUCCGUGCGGUCACGUGGCUUGCUAUGACUGCCUUGUCCAGUGGUUUAACGCUCCGCCUGCUGAUAAUAGACCUGUCGUACCAGCCAUCUUACGGAAGAAGACAUGUCCACAUUGCCGAGGAGUCGUGCGAGAGCGCCCCGCAGAAAUAUGGACUAUCAAAAAUCUAGCGCACCUCGUAGGGAAGAGCGGUCUUGCCAACUUGCCUCCGCACGACGAGGCGCAAGCCAAUGCUGAUCGGCCUGCGGACGCAGAUCCUUGGGAUGGUAUCUUUCGUAAAUCAACCCAGGGUUACCUUCCCUGGUUCCUUGCAGACGAUGCAGAUGUCGAGCCCCGUCGCGGAGAAGAUGUCGGUAUGCUUGAUACGGAGGACGGAGGGAUAUACCGAUGCUUGGACUGCAUGCAUGAGAUUUGGGAUGGCUUGUGUACGUCGUGCGGGAGGCGGUAUCCGGGGCACGAAGGAGCGGGGGACUGGUCAGACGAUGAACUCGGCUUGGACUUUGCCCCUGGAGUGGAAGAGUUUGACCCUGAUGAUGACCCAGGCUGGAUGGGUCUCGAAGAAGGCGAGGGGGACGAUGAAGAUGAUGGUUUGGCGAUUGCAGAUUUCUAUCCGGGGUUGCCAUUGUUCAGUUGGCGCUUUGGCUAUGUUCAGCAGGAUGGAGAGGAGGAUGAGGAAGACGAUGAAGACGAAGACGAAGACGACGAAGGACAUGAAGAGGACUAUGAAAGUGAUUUCAUCGAUGAUGAGAACGACACUGGAAUUCCUCGUGGCCCGAUACAGCAGCUGCCGCACAUAUAUGAACUUUCCUACGAUGACAGUGAUAAUGAAGACUAUCAUUCGCCCGUAGAUGCUGACGUCCUCUCCGAGGAAGAAGAUGAAGACGAACCGUUACCUGCGAGUAGGCCGGGCCGGACAGCACCCAUUGUAGUUUCCUCCGACGAAGAUGAGGACGAGCUCGAUAGUGUUUUUGAUAUCCGUCCUAUGCCCUCGCGUCCGAGACGCGGACGUCUUGUUGAGUCCGAUGAUGAUGAGGUUGAGGUCCUGGGGUCAUCGGAUGGCAGUAGCCACUCGUGAGCAUAAAUGUUAUUUUCCCUACAUAGAAAUCAUCUUCGUUUGAUCGUCGCAUAUGCAUGUGAUUUUCCAGCUUGUGAGAUGCGAAUUUUCUUUUUCUUUUUCGUUCUUUUUUUUUUCGGUGAUGCAUCUUUGAUACAUCCUGAUCUGUUUAUCGCCGCAGCACCUCUCGUUUGGAGAGCGGCAGAAGAAGAAGAACGGGCGAGCUUUGCGAGCUCCGUUUUGGGAGUCGCAGCAGGACCCUCAACCUGACGGCAGUGAAUACAUAAUGGACGUUCCCAUCAGGUUUCCAUUCCCGCUGUCAACUGUGGAUGAGUCCCAGGCCGCCGAUCAAUGUUUCUGAUGAGCUUAGCGCUUAAGUGCAGCCGCGUGGCAUUUUAUUUGUUAUCCGGUAUGGACUUCACGGGUCAACC